UAAAGUCUUUGGUUUCCAGAAGAAGAAGAGAGAGCAAUGGCGACGAAUAUUGGAAUGAUGGAUGGGGCUUACUUCGUAGGAAGAUAUGAGAUUCUUGCUUGGAUCAACUCCACUCUCCAUCUCAAUCUGUCCAGAGUGGAAGAGGCAUGUUCUGGUGCAGUUCACUGCCAGCUGAUGGAUUCAGUUCACCCGGGUAUGGUGCCCAUGCACAAAGUAAACUUCGAUGCCAAAAAUGAAUACGAGAUGAUUCAAAAUUACAAAGUCCUACAAGAUGUCUUUAACAAACUCAAGAUCACUAAGCAUAUCGAAGUGAGCAAGCUGGUGAAAGGCAGGCCGCUUGAUAAUCUGGAGUUCAUGCAAUGGAUGAAAAGAUAUUUCGAUUCUGUCAAUGGAGGCGGUCUUCAUAAUUACAAUCCAAUAGAAAGGAGGGAGGCUUCUAAAGGUGGAAAGGAAGCAAGCAAGAAAUCAGAAGCACAUCAAUGCACAACCAAGGGUUCUACCGCUGGUCCUAGACCACCAUCUUCUCAUGCUCGAAGGAACAACAAUGGUGUUUCAUUAUCUGUGAUCCCUUCUCAUAUAUCAUCAAAGACUCAAUCCAAACAAUCCAUGGCGUUGGCUGCUUACGAAGAACAGAAUAUAUUAAAGAAGAGAAAAUAA